CUUUGUGUAUUUUAAAGCUGUUUUUAGUUUUCCAUUUCAGAACAUUAGCCUUGAUAUUAUCUCAGGUGAGUGACAAAUAGAGGCUUCAGAGAUGAAGGUCACACCACAUGUUGCCUUUUACUGCUGCACUGAGCUCAUCCUGGAGGCAGAGCCACCGCUAAUUAUUUGAAGGAGGAAGCUUUCCUCCCCAUCUUUGCUAUUAAUCUCACCUCAUUUGUUUCUGGAAGUUGGUGUAGCAGAUCCUGUUGAAGAUAAGCCCGCUUUCAUUCCAGGAGCCAAGAGGUUGCUAUCAUUCUUUUUGUUUGCUGCAGACUGACGGACUUUAGUAGUAAGGGGCAGGAUGUCCAACAACAUGGCUAAGAUUGCAGAAGCGAGAAAAACAGUAGAACAACUGAAGCUGGAGGUCAACAUUGAGAGGAUGAUGGUAUCCAAAGCAGCAGCUGAACUGAUGGCCUUCUGUGAAGCUCACGCCAAAGAUGACCCUCUGUUGACACCAGUACCUUCAUCGGAGAACCCGUUUCGAGAGAAAAAGUUAUUCUGUGUUGUACUGUAACCCUAUGCAUGUGCAAGACACCUGUGAGUUAUAUAGCUGGGCUUAUUUCAAUGUGGAAAAUCAGCACAAUGAGCAUAUUUCCUAUUUUACACAGCUCUGUUUUCAGUUGAAGUAGUUCUGUGGUGAUAUGAGAAAUAAUUGCCUUUUGAACUUGAUAAUGAUGGUAAUAAAGUUUUAUUUAAAAAGAAGUACAAAGGUCAUUGAAACAGAGCUGCUGCUUUUCUUUGUGCACUCAGUUUAAAUAUUAACUAAAUCCUACAUCUAAGCUCUCACUGAGUCUUUUUGAGCUCCAGAGCCUCAAGAGAACAGAAGUCAGUGACAUUUUGAGUUAAUUUAACAAGUUUACUAAAGUUAUUGAAUGAAAAAUGGACAUGAACAUUUGGAAAUGCUAUAUUCUCUUAAUAUUACAUACUUUUUAACAUUAUAUUUGCUCAGCAGGACA